GGUAUGACACCUGCCAGCAUGAGGUUCAGAAGAGAGCUACGUUUUCCACUUGACCUACUGAUUGGUACCCCCAGACAAGCAACAUAUGACUGAAUAGGUAACAACCAUCAUUAUGCCCAUCAACAUCUGAAGAUGGCAAGAGACAAGAUGAGGGCCCACUAAGAUCACCUAGCCAGCUCUGCUGCAUUCCAGAAUGAAGACAAGGUCUGGUAGUACCACCUGACCCACACCCAAGGAAAGUCGCCUAAACUGUACCCAUCCUGGGGAGGCACUUACCAGGUGAUCACAUGGAUCAUCAUAUAGCUUAGAGCAGGGGUCGGCAAACUACGGCCCGCGGGCCAACUCCAGCCUGCCGCCGCUUUUUCUGAGGCCCGCGCGCUAAUAAUAGAUUUUACAUUUCCAAACUCUUAAAAAUGUCAAAGUGGAAUAAUAUUUCAUGAAACAAGAUAAUUAUUAUAAUAUUAGUUUAAUAUUUCUGCAUCUAUGAAGCUUUAUUUAUAGGAAGAAACCUACGUUUUAUCGAACAUAUUGUCUAUGGAUGAUAACGCACUCCAACGGCCGACCUUGAGUUGAGGAGUUGCGAGAAUUGCCGUGUGUGGCGCUCCUAUAGCUUCCCAUUCUCACGUUCGCACGUUCCUUCGUGGCCUCAGCCGUGAUGACACGCAGUGUUACGAAUGCCACGUGUAUCGCAGUUCUGUGUCGUUUUAAUACCAGUGGAUAUCCAUCAUGUCGCUGUCGAAACCACAAAAGAAGAGAAAAGUGGACUUGGAAUGUCGUGCUUUUAAGGCAGAGUGGAGUGAGAAUUAUUUUGUUACUGAAUUAGAUGGCAAAGCAUUGUGUUUAUUGUGCAGUGAUACUAUAGCUGUACUAAAAGAGUACAAUAUACGUCGGCAUUACCAGACUAAGCAUUCGGCACAGUAUUCCCAACUCACAGGGAAGGAACGAUCACAAAAAUUAGAAACUUUGAAACGGAGUAUUUCAUUACAACGCAGUUUCUUCACGAAAAUGAAAAAUGAAAAUAAGGCUGCAAGUAAAGUAAGUCUACGAGUAGCUCAUUUGUUAGCCAAGGAAGGAAAACCCUUUACUGAUGGUGAGUUAAUUAAAUCAUGUUUGAUUGUAGCAGUUGAAGAAAUGUGUCCAGAGAAAAUGGAUUUAUUUAAUAAUAUCAGCCUUUCCGCGAGAACAGUUGCCCGAAGAGUUGAGGACAUUGGUAGCAACAUCACUAACCAAUUAAUUAACAAGGCAAAUGAUUUCGAGUGGUUUUCCUUAGCUCUUGAUGAGUCGACAGACAUUACAGAUACUGCUCAAUUGCUGCUGUUUAUUCGAGGAGUCAAUGCUGACUUUGAAGUGACUGAAGAAUUAGCUUCUAUGAAUAGUCUGCGUGGAACAACUACAGGCGAAGACAUUUUCAAGGAAGUUGAGGAAAUGUUAACGAAGUACAAUCUGAAGUGGAAUCAGCUAAAAUGUGUGACAACUGAUGGUGGUAAAAAUAUGUCUGGAACAGAACCAGUCGUGUCAACGGUGAACUUCAUUCGUUCUCGUGGGCUGAACCAUCGUCAGUUCCGUGAUUUUCUGUCAGAAGUGGAAGCCGAAUAUCCUGACUUACCCUACCACACAGCAGUUCGAUGGCUCAGCAGUGGUAAAGUUUUAUUAAGAUUUUUUGAACUCAGAGCAGAGAUUUAAAUUUUUCUCAAUGAGAAAAAUCGCCCUCGACCCCUUUUAUCGAACACUGAAUGGCUUUGGAAGUUAGCUUUUGCUGCUGAUAUCAUGGAUUUCUUAAUGGAUUCAACUUGAAGCUACAAGGCAAAACAGUGCUAAUAUGUGAAACUUAUACUGCGGUAAAAUCAUUUCGACAACUGGCUUUG